UUUCCGGUGUAGAAAAGGACAAUUUACAGACGAAAUGUUUACGUUAUUCUGGUGGGAUCAAGGAAAGAAGCAUUAUCUUGUACUGACAACCAUUGUCAUCCUCCGAACUGCUUAUUCAUUGCGUUUAGAAAAGCUUGAUUUCUAGUAAAUAUCUUAGAACCCGUUUCCUUUUGAAAAAGAACUCUUACAUGUUUCCCUCACGUGGAAAAACCACAAAUUAUUUAUGAAAAAUUACAUCACAUACCAGUUUAGCUUACAGUUGAAACAAAAAUAAGAAAUGAUACAUUAUCAGUUUCAUAGUGAACUUAAAAUUUUGUGUUUUUCUUCCUCAUGGGAUCAUACAAAUAUCGAAGUGUACUGAACAGUUCUAGCUUUCACGUAACUUGAUGUAAAGUGAAACACUUGGUUGCUUUUAAGGAGAAUGGAGAAUGACAAACACAGGUCUUCUUCAGAUCUUGGUUUAUCUCAGCCAUUGGGAUUUCAGGAUUUUGAUUUGCAAGAAAAUCAUAUAUGGUGUGAUCAGUGCAAAAGUCUUAAACAGGAAUUAAAAAAACUGCAAGAUGAACAUGCCUUGAAUUACAGCACUCUUAAGAAGAAGAUAAUAUCAACAGAUUUGCUGAUAAAGAAGUACAAGUCUAAGUGUGAUGAUUAUGAUGUUCAAAACAGGAGACAUGAAGAAUUCUUUAAGAAAUAUGAAGAACUACAAAGGGAAUCUGAAACUUUAAAUACACAACUGGGAUCUACUCUUCAACAACUGGAACCAUUGAGGAAGGCCAAGACCAUCCUAGAAGUUGACAAUAAACAGAAACAACAGGAAGUACAGUCUUUAAAAGAUAGACUGGCUGGUUUAGAGUUGACACUGCGGCAGUAUGAAGAAAUGAGUAGAGAGACAUCCACUUAUAAAGACAGAUACGAUGUAUUAAAGAAAGAAAACCAGAAGAAAAUACAGAACUUGGAAACAAUAAACCAGAAAAAUGAAGCACUGCUGAAUAAACUGAGAGAUGAAAACAAGAAUUUAAAAUCAGAUGGUUCAAAUCAGUUGAGAAAACAAAGAAGACUGGAAGAGAAAAUGAAAAGGCUUGCUGAUAAAGUGGAAAGAUACUGGGGGAUACUGAGACUAAAUGGAUUGUUACCAAAGGGAGAAAAGAAACCUCUGACAGAACAUGGAGACUUCUCAGUCUCACAAGAUGAAGAAGAAAAUGUGGAUGAGGAAAAUAAAGAAGAGGAAGAAGAAGAGUCUAGUGAGAGUAAUAAAUUUCCUUGGAUUUUCAGUCCUUUGGUUCAGGCCUUGUCACCUCUACCUCCAUCACCAAUGCUUUGUAGGAUGAACAAGCCUUUGAUAGGUAAUAUGGAAAGUGACGAAGAAAACAUUGAUGAUAUGGCAAAUAUAUUGGAGUCUGAACUUCUGAGGUCAUCACCUGUUCGGCAAACAUCAAGGUCACAGUCGUUACUCCGGAAAGUACAAACUCUAUCACCAUUGGUGGAAAGUAAACAAAAACCAAAAAAUAAAGUUUCAAAUACAAGUAAAAAUGACAGAAAAAUAGCAUUAUUGAAAUCAAACUCUUUUACAAAGAUGAAUGAAGGUGAAGGUGAAAGUUUAUCAGAUUCAGAUUCUGAAAAUGUGAAAUGUGAAAUGGACAGAAACUUGACUGGAAAACAAUCGGAUGACAACUUCAAAGUGUUUUCAUUGGAUAUUUUGGAGAAACCUAAUGAAAAAGGUGACAAUUUAGAAAAAGUGUUUGAAAGUGAGAAAAAAAGAAAUGAAAAAUCUGAUAGCAAAGUUGAACUGAGUGAACAUUCUGCUUUUAAGAAAUUCAAACCAAAAACAAUUUCAGAUAUGCCUAUAAAAUCUAAUUUAGUAAAACAAACUGAACCUAUUCAUAAAACAACUUGCUUAGAAGUGUAUCCUAAUGAAUUCAAACCAGUAAAAACUUCAGAGGACACAUAUGUUGACAAAAUUAGUAAAAAUAAACCCUCUAUGAAUACAUCUCGUAAAAUUGAAUUUGCUGAGAAACCGUCUAGUGAUGGAUUGAAUACAAAGAAUACAAAUAGAUUGGUAGAAAAAGUGAAUAGAAGUCAUACUAACCAGAGGACUGAUACAGGUUUCAUUGAUAAUAAUGGCUUAAAAAAGAAAAUAGAUGCUGGUGAUAAUGGAUUUGAUUUAGAUGACUUAAUUUAUGACAAUUGUAAUUUAGAAGAUAAUUCAGCAAGAGAAAUUUGUGAAACUCCAGUUUUGGAUGAUCUCCCUUUGGUGAAUAAGAAGGAUGAAAAUAAUUUACAUCAGCAAGAAAAACCUUUAUGCAAAUCAGAUGAUACUCAACAGCGAUCUCAUACACAUCAUGCUCAAAAAGACUCAUUACAUGUAAAAUGUGCUCAGGAUGAAAAUAGAAUACAAACUUCUGAAAAAUUGACUAGGAAUAUGAUCAGGCAGGAAAGUGGUGGCUUCGCAUUGAAAUCACAAUACUCUGUUGAAAGUGAAAACUUGCAUGCAAAGUCUUCAUGUAGUCAAGGUAUACAAAAUGAAAUAUUGACAACUGAUGAUCUUUAUCCUAUUGGGAACUUAGAAGAAGUUGUUAUAGAAAAUGAUAAAAACAUCAAAACAAAGGAUGAACUGACAGAAAAUAAAACAAUGCAAAAGGAAAGUGAAGCGAAACAUUCAGAUAGAAGGAUAUCUCACCAGGAAAGCUUAGGAUUUAAAGUUGAUAUUAUUGACAAUCAUUUGAAUAAUUCAGAUUGUAAUUUAAAUACUGAAUUAGUGGCACUGCAUUCUGGGAUGGAGGUGAUUAAUGUGACUGAUCCAAAAAAUGAAAAGGAAAUAGUGAACCAAAAUAAAAAUGAUAACAUUUCCUCUCUUAUAUGUGAGAAUGAUAAAAAGAGUGAAAAUGACAUAUUAAAAGAAAAAUACAUCACAUUUAUUGAAUCAAGGAGAUCUAGCCAGGAUAGUAUUGAAGCUAGAGAAAGACUUUCAACAGAUAUUGAACCCAAAAUACUUUCUAAGGGAGAUAAUAAAGGUGGUGAUAAAAACAGAGAGAGAGAUAAUUAUCAAACAAACACUAGUGAGAAAAGUAAUAUUAAAGAUUUGAAGGAAGCAUUACCUCCAGCAAAAGUUAAGAAAAAAAAUAAGGAUAAGAAGAAACUAAUCGAAAAAAACAAAAAAGAUGACAUUGGACAGAUUUCUAAUUCUGCAAAUGAAUCUAGUCAAGUAAACAUUCCAACUAGCAAAAAGACUCUACAUCAGUUAGUUCUACAUGGAUUAAAUACUAAAACUGUUCCUUCCUCAACAGUAAUAUCACCAGAUAUACCUGAUCUUUGUUUUAAGAUUGAGAGUCGACCAAAGUCGUUACAUUCCCCAUUACCACUAUCACCGUUAUCUGUUUCACCAUUUGAUUUUACCAUUCCAAUGAUGAUUUCACCACUACCGCCAUCACCAGCUCAACAAAGUGAAGCAGUUUCACCACUACCUGGUUCCCCAUGGAUAGAGGAUGAUGUCUCUGAAACUCAUUCAAACAGGAGUACACCUGUCAAUGUUCCAAAGAAAAGAACAAAGAAUAGGCCUUGUAGCUUCUCAUCCAGUGUGCCAACACAUGCCAUACAUGUUAAACCUAUCAGUGCCACAGCUACUACUAGUACAAGCCAGACCAGCAGUGCAAAGAAACCGGUACCUGCUGAGAGGGAUCCAUUAGCAUUAAACAGAAAGCAAAGGAUUAGCAGAGUUCCAAAACAAGGAGCAGCACUAAAGCGAAAAAGUUUAGAACCUAUAGCAAGUGAAAUCAAAGACAAGAAAAAGUGUACAGUAGAGAAGAUAUCUGAAACACAAGAGGAGAAGGUAAUCUUAAAGCAGGAAACAGGUUACUGGAAAGAUGUUGAGAUAUACCUGCAGCAGUAUAUAUGUUUGUAUCACAUGACCCCAGAGGAUGUCAAGGUCAAGUUACUAACAGAUAAAGAUCCUGCUGCUGUACUGCCUGCUGUUAUACUAUGGACAACACAGUAUUUAAGAAGUAGUGAGGAAGAGAUGUUAAACAGUAUGUAUAGAUUCUGUAAAAAUGGAGAGGAAUCCAAACCAGGACCGUUCCUCACUACACAGGAGUCAAGACUUGUAGAUCUAUUUGUUUACAUAAUACACAACAACAUUUGGGUUGAAUUUAAGACCAGAUUGUUGGAUGCAUUAUGGAAUUGUAUUAUGCUUAGAGAUGUGGUAACCAUACUAGGAAGAACAUCACUAUGUCGAAUGUUCACAGGAAUAUGCCAGAAAGAAGGAAAUGUGGGCUCUGUCAGAGUAUUGUUUUACCAUAUAGUAACCAGUGGUUACCCGAGGUAUAUAACCCUUGGUCUGUCAAUAAUAGGAGUUUGGCCUGAAGUCUUGUACAAAUCUAAUACAGAUCCAAGUGUUUUGUUGACAACAUUUGAAUUUUGCAUCAUGAAAAUUUUACUAACAGAUAAAGAAAAACAUGAAAAGGUAAUUGUCUGUUACUCUAGAUUAUGUAAUUGGUCUAAACCACAAAACAUGGAGAAUGCUGCAGUGUUGAGGAUAUUGUUACAAGAGUUACUAAAAAUUACUAAACAAGAUGAGGCAACCAGUGUUACUUCUGACCAACAAUUUGAGGUUUACAAAAGUUUGGAAUUGUUGCUGUUGACAGAGGACUCAGAAUUCUUCAAGAACAGUUUUACUCCAAUUUGCUUGAAUCAGUUUUUUCAAAAAGUAAAAGGAAAUAUUCAUAUGAAUGGAGGAUUUCCUCUUAUGUACAUUAAAAGUAUUGUCAAUAUUGCUGCUACUAUAUUGGGAAGAAAAAUGGAUCCUAAAUUUGCACAAAAAAAUACUAGAAAAUUUAUGCUUGGCCUAUUGAUAUUAGCAACUGUUUCCAUGGAAGCAAAGGAAAUUAUUGCCAAUGCUAUGUUGGAUAUUGCAUUUAUAGCUCCUAUGCCUAUUUUUACUCAGUUAAAAGAAUGGUUUCAGAAAGACCAGAAAAGCAUAUCUUCUCAACUAAAACAACGUCUUGAACAUACCAGAACUGUGUUGACAUCAUAUGAAGGGAAAUUGUCUUCCUUUUCAUUUAGAUGAUGUUCCUGAUCUCUUUCUUUUGACCAUUAUGCAUGUUUUAAAUUAACAGUAUUAGAAUUUUCUUAAAUUUGUUGUCUUGAUAUGAAUUAGAUUUAUACAAACAAAUAUGUGUUGUAUUUUAUUUUUGAAUUCAUGUAUGCAUUUAAAUCAUUAACCAUAUUCAUGAAUCAUUUCCUAUAUAUAGGAAUCAGUCCAGGCACAUUUGUAUGUUCUAUGUUUAAUUAGCAUCCAACAUUUCAGAAUAAUUGAUCAUAAUCUUUUAACAUUACUAUUGUUGAAGCCAAGGCUUGUAAUGAAAAGAAGAAUUACCGGUCAUGUAAGAAUUUCAAUGUGUACAAAACCACUUUUACCUGGUUAUAUCUUCUCAAUAUACAAUUUAAUAAAACUAGGAGGUUUUUCAUCACUGCAUUUGUCAAAAAAAAGAAGCAAAAUUAGAAACAUUAUCUUUGAUGCUGUGUAUUAUUUUACCAUGUUGCAGGGAUUCCAGUAAACACUUUGGAAAAUACUUAUAAUAAUGAACUAUGAAGUUUCAUUUUAAAAUUUGUUAAUUUAGAAGAUUUUAGCAGAGAUGUUGAUACCAAUAUUGGCAGUUAGGCAAAAAAACACCAUGAUAUCAGUUAUUGAGAUUUCAUUGAAAUAAGGGGUAAAAAAAAUCACAAAAUGCAAUUAACUUUCAAUAAAAUAUAAUAGGUGCAUAUUUCAAAUGUUCUUAGCAUAGUUAAUCACGAUCAUUUGUUUUUCUAUUGUGAAAAAUUUAUAGUUAUGGUUCAUGUUCUUUGAAAUUUGUUUUUAUUUAUAUUCAUGUUGUUGUCAAAGUAAAAUGCUCUUAACACUUACUUUGCAGUUUAACAGAGUUUAGUUCUGUGAAAUUUCAUCUUAUUUAUUUUUAUUUCCUCAAAAGACUUUUUUGGAUUACUGAAAUCAUUUUUGACAAAUGAGUACAUACAUCGCUCAUGUAGAAGUAAAAUGAAGGUUCAUAAAGCUUUAUACCACAAUAAUAAUAUUUAUAUAAUAUUCAUAUUCAGUGAAAUUAUAUCUUGAUACUCUGGAAAAAAUUGUACUGUACAAAUCAGAAUGUUGAAAAGAACAAAACAUUAUUAUCAUAUGUAUAUUACAUAAAAAUACUAAGUAUGUACUUGGAUACCAUUAAUUGUGCAAUAAAGUGGCAGCUUCAAUAUUAGAUGUAUAUGACUGAAUUUACCUAAUUAUAUUCUAAGCUCCAAAAAUAGAAAAAUAGAAAAUAACAGAUUGCAUCUACAAAUACAGAUUGAAUUAAAAACGUGUAUUUUUCGUAACCAUGAUGCCUCUAAAUUUACUAAAAUUGACAUCACUUCAAGUUCUGUAUAGUUCAAAGAAGAUUAAAUGGCCCUUUAAAUAUUACAGGAAUAAACUUAAAACAACAAUUAGGUUCAAAUUUUUAUGAAUAAACUGAGUUAAUUUGAAGAUAUUUAGUUCUCCAGCAAGAAAUAAGAAUAGAUGUUCCAAUACUCUUAGAAUCCAUCUCUCUGAGAUUGCUGAACUCACAUUUAUAGUACCAUGGAAAUGUACCAACUCACCAAAUUAGCAUCUAGUACACAUCAGAACUCUCUAAGUUGUAGUUCCAUCUAGUUUAAAGUAUACAUGUGCCUUCUGUCAUUACAAGAUAAAAUUAAGUUAGGGCUGUUCCAUAAAAACAUACAUGGGACCCAGGGAAGGCACUUCCAAAUCUCAACUAUUGGUGGGUGUCAUCUUUGUUUUUGCAUAGUGGAAAUGUUAGUGAAAUUUUAAUUUGCCUCUAUAGGUGGUUACCCCAUUUUUUAAGUGCCUUCCCUGGGUACCAUGUAUGUUUUAAUGGAACAGCCCUUACAUGAAUCACUGCCAGUGGUCAAAAGUUCAUUUAUUGGUUGCUUUAUUAUGUGAAUUUCAACUGGCUUAAAAUUGUAUUUUAAAGUGUAUGUCAACAUUUUAUGUGGGUAAAUUGGACUACUGUUCUUUCUGAACUAGUUUUGGAUUAAGUUUACAUCAAAUGUUUCUUGACUUGAGUUUUAACUUAUUAUUCAAGAACAAGACAAAUUUUAUAAUCUUAGAUAACUUAUUUUUUUCAUUUUCAACUGGAGUGAUUAAUUUUUGCUUGAUACUUGUUUGCAAUUUAUCAAGUGAAGCACCUAUAUAUAUGGGGACACACUUAAUUAACCCAUUUAAGUUACUGCAAUUGACUAGUAAAACAGAAUUGUAUUCUUAGAAACAUAUCAAGAUAUUUUAGGAGCUGUUUCAUUCAUAUUUUUUAUUAUUUUUUUUCCAUUAUAUUGAAAAUGUAUCUUCAAAAGUUUCAUGUAUAUCAUAUUUUCAGUUAAGGUUGAAAAUCUGAAGUUGAAAUAGUGUUGUUAUUUUUUGCUUAUAAACCAGUGCUAUGAUUUUGAAUAUGCAUUUGAACUUGUUUGUUUGUUAUAUUUGAUAAAUUUAUAUGACAGCUUAAAAUAA